GCCAAACUUGGCUAACACCACGUCGCGCGGCUUCGAUUUCUGACGGGUCAACAUUGCAGCGUGGCACGAAUGGAACCACGACGAUGCGAUAUGCAGAGGCAGACUCCUCCUUGAAUGUCAUGGGUGGGGUGGAGAAGGUGAUGAAAAGAAGAGCAACCUCGACUGGUGGCCCAAACACUACAAGCAGCACGUAUUCCAAUUCUACAACGUCAAUUCGUGGCCCUGCAGAAACGACGAGUCGCGCUCUCGUCAUGGCGUCGAGCCGUGCUCUCGUUCCGACGGCGUCCUCACUGGUGGGACACGACAGCUUUUCCCCGUUUUUAUGAAGCUAACUCAGUCUUGUGAAUUUGAUUUCCAUCGCUCCGUACUUUCGCAAGACCCAGACACGUUUUUGAGCAUUCGCACCACCAACAGUUUUGGGAUUACGUAAAGUUGUAAAGUUGUAUGGGGGUGGUAGUUGUAUUUGACCAGGAGCAGAGCAACUACUUAGGGAAAAGGCAAAUUACAAUUAGGUACAUGACAUAGAACUAGAAGAUGUGAAGACCGGGAAGAUGUGGCAAGUUUCCGUGUCAAUAAUUGCGCUGAAAACUCUUGUGGGGGGAAUAGAGAAGGCCUAUUAGUUCUAGCACCACGAACGCUGGCUGGCAGACGCAGUAGCGAUGCUAUUUCUACAUCCGUGCCCACCUGUUAUAAAAUAUACAGCAUCUUCCCACAUAUAAGCACGUAGUAGAAGAAGAAGGAAAAAGUAGACUUUACUUGUUACUAGCAACUUUGAUCGUGAUCUUUAUCUGAUAGUUGCUUUCAUGCUGAAGGAGCAGCAUCAGUCCGAUGCCGGCAACUUCGUUUCUGGGUGUGCAGCGUAAAUCGAUCUUCGGUUCCUUUCAGGAUCUCCGGGACAGCCUCCAGGGGGAGCUUAUGGCGCCGUUCACUAAUCGCAAAUUGCUCGGGCACUUUAUCGAGAGCUGCAAGGAAAAGCUGCGCGAAAUGUGGAAAACCUCGCUG